AAGUUGAUUAGAGCUUCAUUUUUUCCGCUUCGCUAAUGUGAAAAUAAAAAAAAAUCCACAUUUAAAUUGAAAAUUACAACAAAUUUUACAUUUUUUUAUUGUUCAAAACGUAGCAAAAUUUAAUUUUUGCCAAACGGCAAUAGUGUGGAGUGUUUUCGAAAAGUUUUUCAAUUGAAAUUGUAGAAAAAGAAAGAGAAUAUGUCGGACAGAAAUAGAGAUAAGGAUGAUUCGUUUGACGAAGAAGUUGAAAUACCAGCCUUUGGACCAGCUGCAUUGGGUUUGCAUCGUGUGGGUACGGCAUUGCCACAACGUGAAAAACCAGCGCAACCAAUUCAAGUUUUAAAUGCACGCGGAAUGCCGGCACGUAUACGUAAACGUAAUAAAUUAUUUUUCGACGAUGAUAUUGUAAAUGAUCCGAAAUCGUUACGUCAAUCGCCAACGAAAAAAAGUGCAUCAAAAUCAACACCGAUUAAAACUCCUAUCAAAUUGCCGUUACAUUCGCCAAGUAAACAUUUGAAAAAGCGUAAAGGAACCGUGUCCAAAUAUUUGAAAAGUCCAUCGUCGGCAUCGAAACCGUCACUUUUGAAUGAUUUAAAGAAAACACCAAAAUCAAAAGAUAUCGUACCGUCAUCUCAUUCGUUGAGUGCAUCGAAACCAUCGACUUCAAAAUCCGUUGCACAGCCCACAACCGUAACAGUUCCGAGUUCACCGACGUCAGGAAUCAGUGCCAUCGAUCGUGCAAUUAGCCAGCGCAUCGGUUUGCGCUUGAGAAACCUUCUUAAAUUGCCAAAAGCACACAAAUGGGUCAGCUACGAAUGGUUUUAUAGUUACAUUGAUAAGCCAUUACUGUUGGGUGAAAAUGAGUUCCAAGCAUGUUUACGCGAAUCAUUUCCCCAAUUAAAAACACAUUUAUUAACACGGCCGGAAUGGUCAAAGGUUCGUCGAUUGAUGGGUAAACCAAGGCGUUGUUCGCAAUCAUUUUUCGAUGAAGAGCGUCGUGAAUUGGAGCGUCGAAGGCAAAAGAUUCGUUUGUUGCAAAGUCGAAAAUCGGGCGAUAUUUCAUUUGUGCGCGAUCUUCCAAAGGAAAUUCCAUUGUCGCUGCCGAUCGGAACGAAAGUAACAGCACGCUUGCGUCAACCACAAGAUGGCAUUUUUACUGGUGUCAUUGAGGCAAUUUAUUCAAUGUCAAGUGAAUAUCGGGUGACGUUCGAUCGUGCCGGUUUGGGAACACACUCAGUACCCGAUUAUGAAAUUCUUGUAAAUGAAUCGGUCGAAACAAUUCCGGUUAGCAAUAUUACACAAAAUUUCCGGCAAAAGAUAAACGGUCUAUGCUAUGUGCCAUCACCGUUGGCCGCUGUAAACAAAUUGAAUCGAAGCGAUCCAUUGCUUGGCAGCAGUUUUGAUGCUCAAAUCAAAUUGAAAAAUUAUGUUUUCCCCAAAGAAUCGAUUGGUGGCUUUCAAUUACGUUUACUUGAACUGAUUAUACGUACACGUAAAACGCUCGCCGCAAAACAAAUGAAAUUGACCCGAUUGAAAAGCAUGAACACAGAAGCCGAACAAUAUAAAUCAUACAAUGAACCAUUCCCGGAGGAUUAUCAGCAGCGCUAUGCCAGCAUUGUCAUUGGAAUGGAAAAAUUGAAUCGAGACAAUCAAAAAUAUUUGUCCGAAAUUCAAACGUAUAUUCGAGAUUUGGCCAAAGAUUCACGCACCGUUGCGAUGCUUGAGCCAAGCUAUUUGCGUGAAAAAUGCAGAGAACUCGGACGGGACACCGUACAAAAGAAUUUGCAAUCAUCGGUUAUUGAUGGCGAUUCAAAUGUUAUGGGCCUAAUAAAUGAUCUGUCGAUGAUUAUGUACGUUGCCUCACAUUUACUAUCAACAGAUCCAAAUUAUCACAUUUCAAAAGUGCUGGAAGGUGUUUUGGAAGAAACGAAAAAUAAAUUGGACUCGGAGAAUAUCGAUUCAUUUCAUGCAAAUGUCCACGCACAUAUUCGACAUUUGGAAAAGAGUUUAGCGCAACGUUGAGACAUUUAUUUUAUUUUUGUUUUACUUCAAAUUCAUCCCGGACAAUAUAUUACUAGUAACAAAAACAAAACCGGGAAUUAAAUCGUUUUUUUUUCUUCCGCUUAUUGUAUUAGAAUAUGUAGUUUUUUGUUGAUUUUUUUUCUCAACAUUUUCUGUCUGAAUUGACCCUAUAUGAAAACAAACAAAAGCAACAAUCCUUGAGUGAUUAAGUGUAUCUAAAAAUAGAAAUGUUUUUUUUUUCGUGUAAUUUCAAUAAAAAAAAGAAUAGUUUUUUUAGAUUAUGUAAUUUAAUGAAUUACUACUAACCCAAUAAUAAUUAUAAUAAUAAUAAUAAUAUUUAGUGAAAUAAAAUGUAAAAAUUUACAUGACCCAAUAUAUGAAAUAAAAAAAACCUUUUGCUUUUCUUUAUCAAAGAAA